CGUUGACGGAGCCGUUGAUGGAGCUGCCUCAGUUGCCGGACAAACACCACCCAUCUCAUCCAGCAAUGCCGAGACCAAAGCCAGCGCCGCCGUUGGAACUGAUCGAGAGGACGUCGAGGAGACCUGGCCUUCGAACGCGCAUCAUUUCUCCGUCUACAGCCCAACAGUCGCGGCUGUCGAUCGAGGACACCUCCGACGAAGAUGGCAGCAGCCACACCUCCGAAAGAGAAGCCGACGAGCAGGACGACGAGUACCAAGACUCGGACGCGGCUGUGGAGCUGGUGAAAGCGCACACCGACACCAAGGCAUCCAAAAAACCACCGCCAUCCCAAUCGAGCGCCAAGCAACCCCAAUCUGGCGCAAAGCCCCCCAGGUCGGCUGAGAAUCGGCCCUCGCUAUGGACCAUCAUCGACCUCUCGUCCAGCCUCUCGAACCCGCGGUCGGCUUCCUUGUCGCAUGGCCAAGCGCUCGCGUCUCUUGGCAACCGCACACCGGGCCUCACAGCUGCACGAUCGUCCGGGUCGCUGGCCAGCCUGUCAGGACAAAUGCUAAGCACGCCACAGCAAAGCGCUGCGACCGCCUCUUGGCCGGUAGCAGCCCAGAUGAAUAUGUCCAACCUGGACCACGCUGUGUGGCCUGGGUACCUCCCGAGGGAUGGCAAUGUCAAUGUGCCGCCGGUGGGAUACCCACAGCCCGCGAUCGACCAUCUGAUGCAUGCAAAGGAGCAGGCGGAUCUCAUUUCGUCCAUGAAGACGCGGAUGGAGCAGCUGGAACAGCAGAACCUGCAGAUGCAGCAAAGCCUGGAGAUGCUGCGACAGGCACAGAUGCAGCCGCAAGGGCACGAGAAUCCUCAAGCGAUGAGCCCGCAAGGACACCCGAGUUGGCAAGAACACCACAGCCCGCUUGCGUACCAGCCGCCGGGACCGCAAAUGUACCCGACCCCGCAGAUGCCUCACGGCCCGGGCAUGCUGCCCUGGCCAGCGCCGCAUCAUCCGCAAACGCUGCACUGGCCAGGGUACUGGGAUGCGCCGAUGCUGGACCCGCAAGUGCACCAGGAGAUGCAAAUGCUGCAGCACUUGCACCCGCACCAGAACCACCGGCCGAUGUGAGCGCCCGCGGUGGCCGGCAGAAUCAGUACAGCAGAUCGGAUGUGAUUAAAACGUUUGUGACAUACGC